AUGUCUGACGAACUUAUUACAUAUGAAGUCAAAGAUAGGGCAGUGUUAAUUACUUUGAAUAAUCCAAAAAAGUUGAAUUCCUUGACCAUUCAUCAAUACGAUACAAUUUGCAAAUAUUUGGAAAGAGCCAACAAUGAAGAAGACACCAUAAUUACCUUGAUUCAAUCAACUGGUAGAGUAUUUUCAGCUGGCGCCAAUGCUGAUUCAAUUGUUGGACAAGAUGCUGAACUCGAAACGUGGAUGAAUUUAUCAAUUGCCAAACAGACAUUCUUGGUUCAAACUUUCCUUGCCCAUAAGAAGAUUUUAGCUGUUGCGUUGAAUGGUCCAGUUAUUGGAUUAUCAGCUUCUUUUGUUACUCUUUGUGAUUUGAUAUAUGUUAAUGAUUUGUCCAAAACAUUUCUUUUGACUCCAUUUGCCAAUAUAGGUAUCCUUGCUGAAGGGGGGACGUCGGCUACUUUACCUAUGAGAUUGGGUUGGUCAAAGGCAUCUGAAGCGUUAUUGCUAUCAAAAAGGAUUUCUGGAGAUGAUUUGCAAAAUGCUGGUUUGAUCAAUAAACACUAUAAUGGAAAAUUCAAGACUGCUGAAGAGUUUAAUGUUACUGUCUUGAACGAGUUGCUAGAUGCAACUGAGACUUUACAUCAGGACUCAAUCUUGCAAAACAAACAGUUGUUACAGGCCAUGUUUAAGCCACGCAUUAGCGAGGUAAACUCACAAGAAGUAUCUAGAGGAGUCUACAAAUGGACUUCCGGUGAGCCAAUGUCCAGAUUCAAAAAGCUUCUUACAGGGGAAUUAAAACAUAAAUUAUAA